AUGGUUGGGUCUAUCGCAGCAACGAUCUACUGGGACUAUGAUUUCGACCUCAAAUUAGUGUGGAAGAUUUUCAGUAAGAUUUUGAUACUAUUCAUCAAGUUGGAGACCAUGGAAGAGCACCCUAUGGAGGCUCUCAACCUCUCUGUCAGAAGCGGGACAAAGCUCUGGAGUUUCUCCCUUCAAGGUAUGUUUCUUCAUAAACGGUGGAUGCUAUUGUCGAGUGUGGUUAUGGGCACUGGAUCCACCAGGCAAGUGGCAAUUGCAAAGAUAAAUGCCGCCCAAGAUGUGCUGCCAAAGCUUUCUGGCAGGAGGUUGUUAGUUCGACGAUGA